CUCUCCCCCCUGCUCCACUCGUCUCGUGCGAGAGAAGAGAAACCAGCAGGCGGCUCCGGGCUCGCGCUCUCUCUCCCUCGCUGCCCGGUUGUCAAGGUACUGGCAGUCUGUGACUUCUGCUCGCUGCGGCAGGACGGUGACAGCUCCGCUCGGCUCUCUACUCACUCGUAGCUCGGAUUUUUCGCCCCUUUUGGAUUUCUAUGUUUUGGUGUCAGUGGCGGAGACUCUCAGCAGCUUCUUUACGAGCCCCAGAGUGGUUGCAGGUGUAGACAGGUCAUAUAUUCGCCUCUUAAUGAUGAUGGAUGGCAGGACUGCAGAGAGCAAGAACAGAGAGAAAAGUGGAGCGAUGCAGGGGGAUAAAGAGAUAGCAGAGUGGUGAACCCUGCCAGCUCUGACGCCGUGACUCCAGACAGACACAGAGGCUGACGCUGAAAAAGAAGAGGGCAGAAAAAAGAUAGGGAGGACAGAGGGGGAAGUACAACCUCUUGUAGAGUGGUCGCCAGAGUGACAGAGGAGCACAUGUGGAGCGGAAACAGCACGACAGCAACAUCCUGACCGGUAACCUUGCUUCUGCACCCCAUCACGCCGCCCAGCAGCUCAAGAAGCGGGCGUCAGAAGGAAGGAAACGUGCGACCACUCCUCCUGCAGGCAUGAGGUCCUUCCGUUCCUUCAGUAAUGAUGAUCGCCAUGUCAUGGCGAAACACUCCACCAUCUACCCCUCCUCUCAAGAGCUGGAGGCUGUUCAGACACUGGUGUCCACCGUGGAGUGCGCCCUCAAACACGUCUCUGACUGGCUGGAUAAGAGCAACAGCGACGCCCACAGCCAGGCCGCUGACAGCCAACCAGCAGACAGCACAGAGGAGGACGAUCCUGGAGAAGAGGCCAGCGACGAAACUGAGGAGUCAAGUGACGGCUACAGAGAGUCCAGCAGUGGCGGCGUGCUGUGUGGAGUGAUGAGGAUCGGUCUUGUGGCCAAAGGCCUCCUGAUCAAAGGCGACAUGGACCUGGAGCUCGUGCUGAUGUGUAGAGACAAACCCACACAGACACUGCUGGACACUGUCUGUCACAAUUUACCCACACAGAUUGAGAAGCUGACAGAAGAGAAAUAUGAGGUCACAAGCUCCUUGCCCGAGGUGGCCAUUUUGGUACAAACUACAACAGAGCCCAAACUCACUCUCAAGAUUACCCUCACCUCGCCGGCCAUGAGGGAAGACGAGGACGAAGAGGAGGAGGAGGAAGAGGAGGAGUUGGAGAAUGGGGAGGAAGGAGAGGAGGAGGAGAAGGAGGAGGUGGAGGAGGAAGAGGAAGAGGAGGAGCAGGAGCAGGAGAUGAAGAAUGGGCAAGUGUUGGGUGCUGCUGCGCACAGAGUGGAGGCUGAGGAGGAGGAGGAGGAGGAGGAGGAGGGGGAGGUGCUGGAUAGACACAGAUGUCUGUUGGCCCUGGCAGCGCUACGACACGCCAAGUGGUUCCAGGCUCGAGUGAACGGACUCAAGUCCUGCGUUAUCGUUCUCAGGAUACUUAGAGACAUGUGCAAUAGACACCCUGUCUGGGAGCCUCUCAAGGGAUGGCCCUUAGAGCUUAUCUGCGAGAAGGCAAUUGCCACCUGCAACAGACCUCUCGGGGCUGGAGAGGCGCUGCGCCGAGUCAUGGAGUGUCUGGCCUCAGGCAUUCUGCUACCAGGUGGUCCAGGUUUACACGACCCAUGUGAGAAAGAGCCAACAAACACACUAGCCAACAUGAGCGACCAGCAGGCUGAGGCCAUUACCUACAGCGCACAGCACGCUCUCAGACUCAUGGCAUUUGGACAAAUCUACAAGGUGUUGGAGAUGGAGCCUCUUCCCUCAAACAAACCAUCACAAAAAUACCCCUGGUCUGAUAAAGAAGGAUUAGGUCUGAAGAGGCCGUACGAGGACGGAACAAUGGAUGACAAGGACCUCAUCAAGAAGAUGAAGAGGAAUCUGAGGAAAGUCCUAGACAGUAAAGCCAUAGACUCCAACCAGCCGAUGAAUGCCCUGAUGCGGUUGAACCAGAUCCGGCCGGGGCUGCAGUAUCGCCUGCUGUCCCAGUCGGGCCCGGUUCACGCUCCGGUCUUCACCAUGUCUGUUGAUCUGGAUGGAACCGUUUACGAAGCAUCGGGAUCCUCCAAGAAGACCGCUAAGCUCCACGUUGCCGUCAAGGUUCUCCAGGCAAUGGGCUACCCGACAGGUUUUGACUCAGACCUGGACCCCAUGAGUUCAGACGAGAAGUCAGAUGGCGAGGGGAAGAGCGAGACGUCAUCACACACUAGCAAUAACCCAACACACUCCUCGGACAGUUCCAACACACUGGAGGUGCGAACUCAGGGUCCCAUACUGACGGCGAGUGGGAAGAACCCCGUCAUGGAGCUAAACGAAAAAAGACGAGGCCUCAAAUACGAACUCAUCUCUGAAAGUGGAGGCAGCCAUGACAAACGCUUUGUUAUGGAGGUGGAGGUCGAUGGGCAGAAGUUUCGUGGGGCAGGCCCCAACAAAAAAGUGGCAAAGGCCAGCGCUGCUUUGGCAGCUCUGGAAAAACUCUUCUCUGGUCCCAAUGCAGCUGCAAACAAGAAGAAAAAGAUUUUGCCUCAGACUAAAGGAGCCCUGGCUGCGGCAGCAGCAGCCUCAGCAGUAGCAGCUCAGGUAGCCAGAGGACGAGGAAGAGCAGCACUCGCGAGAGGAGCCUUCGUCAGUGCAGCUGCACCUGGAUACGUCACACCAGGCUUCGGGACACCGUAUGGCUACAGCCCAGCUGCAGCAGCUGCUCCUGCAUACGGUGGUCUUUUCAUUGACAAUCCCUUCUACCAGCCACGGACCAUCGCUCCUUUUAUCAUUCACCUGGGUCCCCAGGAUCUCUUCUCUGACUUCUAGAGGCAGCAGGUUGUUUUGGAUCCUCACUCUUAACCUGUCGCGCAUAAGCGGGGACACCUGUUUUUUUUGUUUUUUUUGUUUUUUUUCCGUCCUUCUGAGCGGGCCAUCUUUCUACACAGGUGACGGACUCACAGAUCCAAAACUGUUUUCGGUUUGGAAGACGUCGUCUCGCCUACUGACUGAGAGGCUCAGUGCUCCUCUCUCUGUUUCCUCCUCCUCUCUCGGCCCAGAUUUAUCACUUCAGAGGGGAGUAACUUUACACAAAGCAAUACUCGGAUUUUACGAGAAACGUUCGGCUGCGACUGCGCAGCGAGUAUGGCCCGAACGUUUGGUCUUUCUUAUAGCAAUACACCUGAGCUCCUCUCUUCAAGCUUACUUUACUUGAGAAGAUGUGAAUGUCCGAUUGGAGUUUGGCCCGACACAGCAUUGCAAUAGCUCAUUCUGAUUGUAUAUUCAUUGUAUGUGUGCGUACGUGUGGCUAUAACAUGACUAUAUACACAUAUAUGUAUGGUGUAUGUUUCUAUAACGACGUGUUGACAAUAAUAUUACUAUAUGAUGAUGUAUUUAUGUAAAUAUUCUAUAAAUAUAACUAUUGUUGGUAUAAAUUAUUUUAGGAUUAUAAAGUGAGAUGUAACUGUAAUAUCA